CGACGCCCAUCGGCCCCCCGGUUCGCGGGAAGGAGAGGCUGGCUCCGCGAGGGUGACCAGCGCAUGCGGGGUGUACAUAUCUCGACACGAUAAGGGGGUUUCUCCAACGAUAAAAAAAAAGAAAGAUGCCACAAGCUGCAAGAUGGGUGGGCUCUCCGUCCAUCAGGGGGAAAACGGAGUCGAUGCGCAUGGCGCUGUUGACUUUUAGCUUGUUGGGGUUACAGUUCACCUGGGGUAUUGAAAUGACUUAUUGUACGCCGUAUCUCCUGCAGCUUGGUUUGACCAAAUCGCGAACGUCGCUUGUGUGGAUUGCCGGCCCGCUGUCCGGUCUCAUUAUCCAGCCGCUCAUUGGGGUGAUUGCGGAUCGGUCCCGGUCUAAAUGGGGGAGACGCCGGCCGUUCAUGCUCUUCGGGUCGAUCGUUGUGACUGGGUGUUUGUUGGUUUUAGGUUGGACGUCGGAGAUUGUUGGACUUUUUGUGAAGGAUGCGGAGAAGGCCAACAACGCGACUAUCGCUCUCGCGGUUCUUAGUAUCUACGCCGUGGAUUUUGCGAUCAAUAUCGUCCAAGCAUGCUGUCGCAGCUUGAUCGUGGAUACGUUGCCCAUUUCCUCGCAGCAAUCGGGGUCAGCGUGGGCCACUAGAAUGUCGGCUAUCGGUCAAUUGAUUGGAUACGUCAUCGGGUCUAUCGACACCGUCAGUAUAUUCGGGACGACCAUCGGAGACACUCAGUUCAAACAGAUGACCGUGAUUGCGGCGCUGUCGUUGCUCAUCGCCGUCGCUGUCACGUCCUACUGCGUGAAGGAGCGGGUCUUGGUCACUGCAAGAGACUCGGACGAAAAGACCGGAACCCUGCAAGUUAUCUCGCAGCUUAUCAAGACGACGAUGGAUCUGCCGCCGCGGAUUCAAGCUAUCUGCUGGGCGCAGUUCUGGGCUUGGAUUGGCUGGUUCCCCUUCCUCUUCUACAGCACGACCUGGGUCGGCGAGACCUACUUCCGCUUCGAAGUCCCCAAAGACUCCAUUCAGCCAAGCGACAUGCUAGGCGAAGUCGGCCGCGUCGGCAGUCUAUCCCUCGUAGUCUUCUCCUCCAUCACCUUCAUCGGCUCCGUGCUCCUCCCAUUCUGCGUGCAACCCCCCGACAGCAAACGGCCGCGGUUCACACCCCGCCCACCCCCCGGCAUAGCCGCGCUCCUCAAGCGCAUCACCGCCUACCGCCCCGACCUGCAACUAACCUGGCUCAUCUCGCACAUCAUGUUCGCCGCAACAAUGAUCUUCGCCCCCCUCGCGCGCUCCCGCGCCUUCGCAACCUUCCUCGUCGCCCUCUGCGGCAUCCCCUGGGCCAUCACCUGCUGGGCGCCCUUCGCCUUCAUGGGCGUCGAAAUCAACAAGCUCGCCCUGGGCCCCAACCACCGCCCCUCCGGCUCAGGCGUAACAAUGAUCACCUCGUCCAGCCUCCGCGCAGCAGGCGCCUACGGCGACGCCAACGCAGCCGACACCGAGCUCGACGUGCUGCGCCUCAACCACGACCACGACCACGACGACACGGACAGCGACGACAGCGACGUCGAGGGCGGCUCCUCCACUAACGUCCCGUCGACGGGCGAGUUAGCCGGUAUCUACCUCGGCGUGCUGAACGUGUACACCACGCUCCCGCAGUUCGUGGGCACCUUUAUCAGCUGGAUCGUGUUCAGUAUCCUUGAACCCGGGAGCACGAAGCCCGAUGAUUCGGCGCCGAAUAACGAUGCGCAGUGGAUGAAUCUUGAUAAGGAUACGCCGAAUGCGAUCUCUAUCUGUUUGUUUAUUGGCUCGUUGAGCUCGCUUAUUGCUGUUGAGGCUACGAGGCGGUUGAGGUAUACGUUAUAGACGACGCAGCAAAACAACACACAAACCAACGAAGAUAUCAGAUGAGAAAAGAAAAAGAAAUAGAUGUCUAUACAGUUAGGGAAGAUGAAGAUACCUUUUUUUUU